CAUUUGAACCGUGCGCAAGAUAUCGUAUCCAAAAGCACCGUGUCCAUUUGAACCGUGUGCAAGUGCAUCGCUCUCUGGUUCUGCCCUUGUCGACCCCAAAGAAAAAAGCAGGGUCUAAGAAAUAAAAAGAUAGUCGGUCUCUCGGUCCCCCUCUCGUCCUUGAAUCGGCGGAGGGGGGUCGGGUGAUUUGGGCGGGCUUUCUUAGAAGUCUUCUUUCCCAUCACCACCCCCACGCGACAGGAGUCGUGGGCGACGGUGGUGGGGAAGAAGACCUCUAAGAAGUUAAAAUCGGCGGCUGGAGUGACCGCCUUAACGCCUGGUCCGGUUUCGGUAGGGAUCGCACCGGGCGCCGGAAAAAAGAAGGGUGCGGACCGCUGCAAGAGGCGGGCGGGGGACGGGGCUCCACAGAACCCCCUCCUCCGCUAAGCCCCCCAAGAAGAAGAAGCUCACCGUCGCGGCCGCGUUGACCGAAAUCCGAGACCGAGUAGACCUGGGGGCCUUGUGGAUCGAGGCGCGCGAUCACUGGGGCCACGUUCUAUAAGGUCACUGGCAAAGCCAGCGCGGAGAACGCGGAUCGCCUGGCCGCCAGGCUUAAGGAGGUUCUCCCCGCAGAAAGAAUCCGGUUUGCCAGGCCGGUUAAGACCGCCGAGUUGCGGAUGGCCGGUCUGGACGAUCUGGCCACUGCUGGGAGAGUUGCCUCGACUGUGGCUAAAGCUGGGGAAUGCGAUGUGGGGUUCGUCAAGGUCGGGGAGAUCCGACACACCUCUACGAAAAAAGAUAGAGUCUCACAUAUCCUUCAAUUCUUCCCCGAGUCAAAAAAAUGCAUAAGAUUGCAUUCUCCUCGUUAAAAAAAUGGUUCGCAAAAGUGUGCGAAGCAGGAAGUGACACGACGCAGCAUACGCUGAAACAUUGUCUGGCGUGGCAGGAACAGCGCUGUGUACUGGUAGAAAGGAUCAAUCCGGAUUUGUCACUAUCUCCUAUAGUCAAGGCCAUGGUGGACAGCGAGGAGAAGUGGAAGGCGAUGGCCUCGUCUUGCGAAGAAGUCAUGCUGCAGAAGGAGGCUUGGUGGCCUGAUAGAAUCCAAGCAAUUAAGGCAAGAUCUGAUCAAGGCAAGAUACAAAAACGAUCUAGCCAGUCAAGAUCCAGACACUAUCCAACCAGUCAAGGUGAGAUAUGGACACGUUCCAACUAGUCAAGGCAAGAUACAAACACGAUCCAGUCAGUCAAAGCAAGAUCCGGACACGAUACAGCCAGUCAAGAAAAUAUACGGACAUGUCCAACCAGUCAAAGCAAGAUCCGGACACUAUCCAGUCAGUCAAGGUAAGAUACGUUCGGGUGACCUCCUUUUGGACACGUAAAAAUUAGACACGGCUCGAUUGGACACGCACAAUUGGACACGGCACGUUGGACACCGCAUU